AUGGGGUUUUUCAUUUAUAUCAAUGGGCUUCCCAACGUCGGGAAAUUGACGAUUGCCAAGAAGUUGUGGCAAGUUGUGAGCCAUCAUCUGCUCAUUGACCCAGUCGCCGCGGUCUUCAAGAAGGACGACCCGGAAUACCAACCUCUGGCACGAGCCUUGCGAGAGGAACUUCUGGAAUCGAUUGCCACUUCCGAGUCAACACGGGACGUCACCUGGAUUUUCACCGACCAGCAGCCGUCGAGCGAACUGGCAUCUUCCAUCGCAAAGGACUACGAAACCGCAGCUAUGAUCAGAGAUUCCCCCUUCAUCUCUGUCAUCCUCACCUGCGAGGAGCCUGAGGAGACAUCCACAAAGGCCAACAUCGCCGUACUUGACACCAUCAAGGAGGAAGAGGGCAUCUUCCACUUCCACAACGACAUGGAAAUGGAGCUGGACAUCACGACGCUGAGCCCGGCCGAGGCGAGUCAGAAGGUGUUUGAACAUGUCUGCCGGUGUGCGAAGUCUGUAGAGACGAACGGUGACAGCGACACCGAAGCCGUGAACGGUGGCUGAUCGCCAGGAGCUUACGCUCGACUUUCAACACAUUGUUCUAGGACAAGGUUGUUGGAAAGCCGAAUGAAGCCCCGGACCGGCGGAAUCCCCUGCCCGGUCUGGCGCCUGGGCUCCGGAGGAGUCAAGUCGCGCCGUCAGCAAUUAUGCCGCCUCGAACAGGAGGGGCGUGUCUCAGAGAGUGCUGCCAACCAGGUUCGAAUCGUUUCCGAGGCCACCAGCGCCAUAUAUGAUAUAUCCCCGGAGUUUCGAAAACCGACAGGAGCCUGUUGGGGUCGCAGAAUGUCAUGCCGACAAAGCCUGGGCCUGUUCAGUUUAACGGAACCGCUGUUGACUUUGGUGUGAAUAUGCUUAAAUAUGCCGAGGAUCUCUUAUCGGAACACUGGGAAAUAUAUGUGGUCAUGCGGCGUAGGCGAUGUUGGAGGUCAGGAAAGGAG